GGUUCCACUUUACGAAAUCUUGGCGCAGAAAAAAUCUUAUCGAUAUCACUAUCUAAUCGUCGAUAGCAGGCUCUGCGCUAAUUCAUAGUAGGGGGAAAAAGCAAAUAGCUACGAGACAGGAACGAUGCUCAUGAACUUUGUAGAUAUUCAAUUCGAUUUAACUCAAGAAUCCAAAUCUAAAAAUUAAAAUAUUUGUGGCAGUUCAUUAAUAAUCCCGCAAGUUCGGACCUUGACCAGAGUGUUCAUUAGAUACCCAUAGGAAUUAAUAUCAGUGUACUCUUAACCAUGAGUCUCCCGGAGUAUAAGAAAGACUUUCUCAAGGCCGCCGCAGCGGGUGGCGCCCUACGGUUCGGAUCAUUCGAACUCAAGUCGAAACGUAUCUCGCCAUACUUCUUCAAUGCUGGCGAUUUCUAUACCGGAGCUCUACAUGAGCCCAUUAUGGACGCAUACGCCCAAACCAUUGCCUCUAGUCCAGAAUUGGCGGAUGGUUUCGAUGUACUAUUCGGACCUGCCUACAAAGGUAUCCCUCUAGCUGCCGCCACAUUCUACGCCUUAAUCAAGCUAGACCGUGAGCGUUACCGUAACGCAGCUUAUAGCUUUGACCGCAAGGAGGCGAAGGAUCAUGGCGAGGGCGGCACAAUUGUCGGUUCUCCUCUCAAGGGCAAGCGCGUCUUGAUCAUCGAUGAUGUCGUAUCUGCCGGUACUGCUAAGCGUCAAGCGAUUGACAUGAUCCGCGCGGCUGGGGGUACAGUGGUUGGAAUUAUCGUCGCAUUGGACCGUCAGGAGACGUUGCCGGACGGCGAUGGAAAAACAAGCGCCAUUGGUCAACUACGAAAGGAAUAUCAAAUCCCGGUCGUACCGAUUAUAAAACUCGAUGAUAUCAUUGACGGCAUGAAGGGGGUCAUCUCGGACGGCGAUAUCGCAAAGAUCGAGGAGUACCGGACGAAGUACGGAGCUAGCGACUGAACGUCAUCCGGUGGCGAGGCGUUACUUUAGGAUGGUUAUAUAGGAGGGUAGUCGGAAUAAUAGGACACGGCGGAUUUCCUGCAGGUUGGGGAGUACAAAAAUAGAGAAGGAAUAUCCAAAAUGCUACGGUAUUAAAAUCAAAUCGGAAAAUUUAGAAAUAAAAUAAAAAGCAAAAUUAAAUAAAAUAAUAUUCCAUAUUAUAAUAUUA